UUCAAUUGUAACGCAAUAUUGACACAGGUUGCGUUUCUGUAAAAGACACUAAUAUAAUGCUUUCUUGAGAAGAGAGCUAGAUAGUGAAAAUAUGCUCCAGGAAGAAGAGGGUUCGGAUCCGAGAUUGGCGACAUGUCGAGGCAAAUUACAAAAUCAAAGAGCAAAAUUAAACCAAGAGAUCAACAAACAAAUUAUGAUUCGAAGUGGAGCUGAAAGACUCUACAAAGUGACCACGAACAAGAAACUACGAGAAACUGUUGCCUUAGAAUUAAGUUUCGUCAACUCGAGCCUCCAACUUCUAAAAGAACAACUGGCAGAACUCAACAGUUCUGUCAGCAUUUAUCAAAACAGAAGUACCCCUCAACUUGUGCCAAUGAUUCCACUUGGAUUGAAAGAAACAAAAGAAAUUGAUUUUUCUGACCCCUUCAAGGAUUUCAUUUUAGAGCAUUAUAGUGAAGACAGCAAUAAAUAUGAAAGUGCCAUCAAGGAAUUCAUGAACAUUCGGCAGGCAGUAAGAACGCCGACAAGAGAUGAGAACGGUGUGAAACUAUUGUUUGAUUCCUUAACGGGUGUUCCCAGUACACAGAAAACCAUAGCAUUUGAAAAGGCCAGUGUUUUAUUUAACAUUGCUUCACUUUAUACACAAAUCGCUGCUAAGCAGGACAGAGUGAAUAGUACAGGUGUAGAUGCUGCAGUGGAUAAUUUUCUGAGAGCAGCUGGUAUGUUUCGGUACAUCCGAGACAAUUUCAGCAAUGCUCCCAGUAUGGACCUCUCUCCUAACACAUUGGACACUCUCAUACAACUCAUGCUGGCACAAGCGAGGGAGUGUUUAUUUGAGAAACUUGCACCAGUUACUGAAGAACAUGGACUACAAUCCUACUUAGAACUUGCUCAAGAAGCCGCACAGGUUGCCUUUGUGUAUGGUAGUGUAUAUCAAAUCAUGAAUAACAGUUCUGUUAAGGAUUAUGUUCCAUUUUCAUGGAUUAGUCUACUUCAAGUGAAAUCAGAACAUUAUAAAGCUCUUUCGCAUCACUACGCAGCUGUUGGAUUAUUGGAACAUACUGGUGAGAUAAACAAAGAUGUUGAGGCUAUGCUAGAGUAUGUCCAUUCAAAAGAUACAAGCAACAACAUAACAUAUAUGGAUGUCCAAGUGCCAAGAUCUCAAGAAGAAAGAAGACAAUUAGGUAAAGCACACCUGAGGGCCUCAUUAUUACUUCACGAAGAAGCAUUGCGCCUCCAUAGAAUGUGUCGCCAGCUGAGACAGAUAGAUAAUUUACAAGAGCGCCUGCGAAUAGCUCAUGACACAUCCCUCGACAGGUACGCCAAAUGUGAACAAGAAGACGAUUUUCAGGAGAUUUUAGACGCACCACCCAUAGAAGCUGCCACCAAAUACCAGCUUACUUUAAUGCCACCUGAAUUCAAUGAAUAUAGUGUAAAAGAUCUUUUUCAAGACUUGGGACCACUAAAAGUAUUUUGUGCUCGCCGUCAAUGGACAGCUGCCAGACAAAUAAAAUUGCAGAGGAAUGAAGAGACGAAUUUCGGCUUCAGUGUGCGUGGAGAUGCACCAGUCAUCAUCACUGCUGUUGAACCAAAGAGUUUGUCACAAGAAGCUGGAAUGAAAGAAGGUGAUUUCAUCGUCCAGAUAGGGAACACCGAUGCAAAGUGGCUGAAUCACGAGGAAGUGGUCAGUCUCAUAAGAGAAGCUGGAGACGAACUGACUCUGAAAGUGGUCACUCCCAUUGACCAUGAUUAUCUCCUUCCCGCCAAAAACUCUUCUUCUACUCUCAGCGCAUGUGAUGUCCAACUCAGAACAAGUACCAGUCCCUUCUCCAAGGACAAAAGAAGACGGGCCACAUGGAACUUUUUUAGACGAAGUCAAUCAAAAGAAUUUCCAAUAAUUAGUGACGUUGCUUUCAGAUGAAGAAAAAAAUACUUCUUUUUUUAAAAUAAUGUUUUUCAAGAAGUAAUACAAGUUACAGUCUGUUCCGAUGCGAGUACUGCAUUCUGUUUUUGUGAGCGAGGCGUAGGUUUUGUUGACCCCUUACUCCAAGUCCAAAGUCUUUAUAUUCACUGGUAUAAGAAAUUAAGAGACCUUGUAGACUAGAUCGAUUAUCUGUAGAACUACUGGAUCGAUUUUAAUGACAUUUGAUGUGUACGUACAUUGAUACAACACAAAAAAUUCAACAAGUGUAAUACACACGCAUGAUCGCGCGUAAUGCUCGAUGGAGUCGGAAGGUAUGAAACAGCGGUUGCAGAAUGAACAAAAAAAUAGGUUAAUACACAGGCCUUGCAGAUUGAUUUCAUACUCGAAAUAAGGCUAUCAUUUCCUGUGGCAAUGGGCCUGAAUUGUUCAGCGGCAAUUUCAUACAUUCUGACUCCAAUGAGUGUUACGCACCAUCAUGCGUGUGUAUUACAAUUGUUGAAUGAUUAUUUGUUUUGUAGUGUAUCAAUAUAUGCAUGUACACAUCAAAUUUCAUUAAAAUCGGUCCAGUAGUUUUAGAGAUAAUCGACCUAGUGUGCAAAUUCUCUUAAAUUCUUACACCAAUGUAGUUGCUUUUUGCAAUUUGGACCCUAAUUUUUCCAUGUAUCAGCAAGCUUAUGUUUUUAAAUUAUAUUGAAAAUAAUGUUGCUUAUACUUUUAUAAAAUCUUAUAAGGCUUUAUGCCAGGGGUCGGUCCAGGACAAAUUUUCUACCGUUUUGUGGUACCUUCACUAAUCUAAUUCAACUUUAGGUAAAAUGGUAGUUUCACAAAAUACUUUUUUCUUUUAAAUUUUGUUUUUGUAUCCCGUAAGAAACGAUAAAUCCAUAUUUGUACCAUAUUUUUGUGUUAAUUUUUUAAUAUGACUUAUAAU